UAAGGCGAACUGACAUUCUAAAUACGCUCUCGACUUCAGUCGCUUGUACAACUAAUAGUGCUAAGUUAGUACGGCCCUGAAUAGGGAAGGAAGCCACACGCUUCUAAGUCAAAGCAAAAAAUAAACAUUCCGUAAAACAAAUCGAUAAAACAUAAACAAAUGAAGAAAAAUUGUUAGUGAAGUGAUAAUAAAAAAAUGAAGUUACUAAUUUUCUUUUACCUUGUUAUCGCUAAUAUUAGCAAUAACGGAAAAGCGUCCCUGGAAAGUUUUUCCCCAAAUGAUAACGUGUUGUUCACUGAUACUACAAAAAGCUCUGACAAAUCAUGCCACCGACCUUGCAAGUUCAACGUAAAACCGAGGCAAUGCUACUUCAGUUUCGAUGUUGGACCGGUGAUCGAUGACGAAAGACCAGCUCUGGCAAUCAACGGUCUUACUCCAGGACCGUCACUGCACGUCUGUCUCCACGAUAUAAUAAUCGUUCAAGUGAGGAAUAGAAUACCGGAUCAAGAUUUGUCCAUCCAUUGGAACGGGUUGGAACAACGGGGUACUCCCUAUAUGGAUGGAGUGCCCAUGAUAACUCAGUGCUCGAUAGCCUAUGGGUCUACUUACAAAUAUUCUUUUAGAGCGUCAGAGCCUGCAACGUUCUUUUAUCACGCGGAUUCAGUUUCUCAGCAAAGUGACGGCGUGUAUGGCUCCCUGAUUGUAGACCAACCACAACCUUUGGAGCCUCAUUCUUCAUUGUAUGAUUACGACAGGAGUAAAGAACAUACACUCAUUUUUGGUGCAAGGUUCCCUGAACUGAUCUCUGGGAGUUUGGAUACCUUUGGUGACGUCAAACCGAAUGGUGUUCUGAUAAAUGGUAAAGAUAGUGCCAAGCUAUUUGUAAUACCUUCGUACAGUUAUAGAUUGAGAUUUAUAAACGCAAUAGCUGUGGAAUGUCCUUUGGUGGUAGGAAUUAGUGAGCAUUUAGUAACGGUGGUUGCCACCGACGGGAAACCAGUACAGCCUAUUAUCACUGAAGCUGUUAAACUUUACCCAGGUGAGCGUAUGGACGUAGUAGUCCGUGCUGACAGACACCGCUCUGGAUAUUGGCUGCAAGUGAAAGGCGAAGGCGUCUGCGCCCAACUGUCAGCGCGUGCUAUGUUCAUCUAUUCAGGUUUUAACUACACUUCGUUGAUAGACUACCAGCCGAACAGCAAAUUCAACAUCGAGGAUUCCAGUACAGUAAAAGGACAGGAUCUAUUGUCUUACAAACAAGUUCCGCCGUUCAAAAAUGUGCGAUCAGUUUAUUUGGGAAUUGAUAAGAAUAUGAUUGAAUUUAAGGAGAGCGAUAAUGACUUUCGAUACGUUAGUGACGUUGUUCCCAAGAAGCCUUUCUUUCCAGCGGCUUUAUCACUUCAAAAUGGAGUAGUACAAAUAAAUGGGAAAAAUUUCCUGUUCCCUGACGUACCAUAUCUCCUAAAGCCACGUGAAGUACGCUCCGAGUUAGUAUGUGAAGUUGGCAACGAAAAAAUGCAGAGGGACCCCCAAUGUCUGCAGCUACUAACGGCCAACGUUAAUGAGGUUUUAGAACUCAUUUUGGUUAAUGAAGGUGCUGGUUCCAACGAUACUUAUACUUUCCAUAUGCAUGGAUAUGCAAUGCAAGUGCUAGCCACAUGGCAAAGUCCUGCGGGAUUACCGCUUUCCAGAACGGAAUUUGAAAAACUCGACAAAGAGGGCCUAAUAGAUAGGAAUUUACAAAACCCACCCGUGAAGAAUUCAGUAAUGGUGCCCAAUAAAGGAUUUACAAUAGUGAGGAUAAAUCCUGAGUAUGGAGGCAGCUGGAUGUUUGAAUGCCGGUCGUGUGCAUUGUCUUCCUUGCCCGUCGCCAUAUUGAUAAGUGUACCGCAGCCAAUACCAAAGAUAGUGGUUGAUUCCCUACCCACAUGCGCCAGUUACAGACCAGCUGACGUUCUGCUCAAUUAAAGACUGAAUCAUAAUGAUGUUAAUGAAUUAAAUUAGUAACCAAAAACGGUGCGGGACUCGAACCCGCGACCUGUCGGUUUCCGUCCGAGCUCACUUCGGGGAACAAUAACAAAUUGUUAACAUUUGAAAGAGCGACUUUGGGGUUGAGCAGGCUAUAAACUGUAAAGUAGAUCCUGCAGAUGGAGCCACAACCUGAGAGUUGAACAUGACAUUCCAAGAUUUACGAUCCAUGCGUCACUCGGAACUCUUAGUCAGCUGGUAAGAGCGCUUGAACGGAAUCCGAGAGAUCGCGGGUUAGACUCCCGCAUCGUUCAUAAAUUUUGUUUUCAAAUUUAAUUUGAAUAAUUUAUCCCAGAAGUGGGGGAUAUCACUUUCAGAAAAUAAAAAGAUGUUGAUGAAGAAGGAAGUGAGUUUUAAAAAGAAUUGUUUUGGAAAAGAGAAUGACAUAACUGUUGUUGUUGAAUUUUUGAUAGCUUAGACAUAACGUUAGAAGACUUUAAGUGCGUCUAGUGUUAGUCGUCAGUUAGUGACCCUGCCUACUGAGCUUAGAGGUUCUGGGUUCGAAUCCCGGUAGGCGCAAACAUUUAUAUGAUGAAUAUGAAUGUUUGUUUCCGACUCACAAUGAAUGUUUUUAAGUAUUUAUGUAUAUUUAAGUAGGUAUAUUGUAUUAAAUAUUUCGGUAUGUACCCCUAGUACAGGCUAUGCCUAGUUUGGGGCUAGAUAAUUUGUGUAAGGGUGACAUUAUUAUUAUUAUUAUUCACGGCGCGUAUUUCCACGUGACGUCAUAACAUCACGCGCUGUCAUUAGUGUCAUGACGUAACCGGGGGGUCAUCGACCCCUUUUUACAGCGAUUACCUACCUUAUUAUUUUGGAAAGUGUACGUGGUAUCCAAAUAAUUAUUUUACCUUUUUAUUUUGUAUUACUACAGCAAAUUGUAAGGUGAAAAACAAUAUUUGAAAAUAUUCUACAUUAUGUAAUGUAGGCUACCCUAUUACCAUUCAGAAAUAUUUGUAAGAAUAGGGGGGAGGUCAAUCCAAUAAGAAUAAUGUAAUAGUUGUAACUUUAAUCUUAAUAAAUUGUAAAUAAUACAUAAGUGUAAGAUAUUUAUUAAACAAUAUAAAAAACUUUUGCUUUU